AUGGAAGAAGCGAUCAGAAGGAUGGACGAAUUCACUCACUCUUCUGAACCCGACCCGAUCACUAAAGCGCAAAGGAAGUCAACGACCGCCGCCACCAAUAAGCGCUCGCUGAGAGACACUGCGACAGCCGCUGCCUCGGGCGCAAUGAGAUACCGCGGCGUGCGACGCAGGCCGUGGGGUCGUUACGCGGCGGAGAUCCGGGACCCGCUGUCCAAAGAGAGGCGUUGGCUGGGGACCUUUGACACGGCAGAGGAAGCCGCCUGCGCCUACGACUGCGCCGCUCGUGCCAUGCGCGGCGUCAAGGCUCGGACCAACUUCGUCUAUCCUCCUUCCCCGCCUACCGAUGUCGUCGCCGAUCACCCCUUCCCUCCUUUCAGCCACCACAUGCACUCUCACCCGUCUGCUAAAACCCGUAAUGGUUACGGAGGCGCUAACUACUCUCCUAGUUGGAAUUCUGUACCGUUUUUGCAAUACCCAUCUCCUAAUCAGAACGAUGGCUACGGCGACGCUACUACUGCUGCUGCAACUUCUUUCAACAUGCUUUUCCUCCGGAAUUUCAUAAAUCCCUCACAAAAUCCAUCUCCCGUUUACAAUAACCAGUAUCCGUACAACAUAAACGGCUCUUCUUCUAUUUCUUGUUCUUCAGCUUCUUUGGUCAACCAUCCCUCUUCUGGUCCACGCCAUGAAGCCAACAUCUCCGGAAGUACUAAUUUCACUACUGGUUCUUCUUCUUCCAUGGCUACUACUCCUACUUCUGCUACUACAACUCUUCCCUUCAUGGAUAUUACUUCACCUCCUCCCACAAAACCCACCUCCCACGACGAUCAACACGACUACUCCUCCGACUUCUUCCCCACGGAGCCGUCCGAUUCCGGGUUUCUAGAAGAGGUGAUCCACCGCUUCUUCCCAAAACCCACCUCCAAGAAAUUAUCAAACGAUGUUCCCAAAUGGACUGACGACUACGCCCAUCCUUCCAGUGCAGCUCAGACACCUUGCUUUGAUGGGUCUUCGACGAGGUCCGUUGGAGGAUACUCAAAAAACGAUCACCGUCAGGUAAAUGUUUGUUACAAUUUCCAAGAGCUGCUGCCGCUGCCUCAGCCGCACAAGCUGGAAGGACGUAGUUUCAACGAAUUAAUGGAUCAUCAUCAUCAACAACAGCAAGUGUCACAGCCACAGGCAGUACCGUCUUACAACGAUCACGUGCCGUUGGGCGGCGGCUCAGAUCACUCCAUGGGAGUGGAUAACAUGUUCCAGUACCCUGAGGUUAUGGGUGAGUUUGCAGCCAGGUUCCAAAACUAA